CAAAGGCGAUUUAUUCGUGUUGCAGCGAGAGCGGAUAAAAUGCGAAGAAUAUUGCGGAUUUGUGCGUUUGUAAUAAUCGAUGUACUGUUUGCUGAACUCUGCACGUGCAUGCCGACGCCGCAGUUUUACAGCGGGAGUCCGGUGGUGGAGCUCCCUGGCGCUGCCAUCGCCGGGCGAGCCAGCCCGCGGGCCAGCGGGGGAGCGGGGGUGAGUACUGAUCGUGGGUGCCGGGACUCUGAGACUGUGGAGACUUCCCGGACACUGGUGAGCGCCGCGGCAGGCUGGUGGUGCGACGAGCGGAGCUCGAGCCAGGGUCGUCGAGCAGGGCACGCACAACCGUCCACGUGCACCGGACAGCAGUUCCGUGUCAGAGCCGCGUGCUGUUUCCCUCAUGGCCGCGAGUCACAGAGACUGAGCUGACCCGCCUGCGCCCGUACUCGCCAUUUGCCAACAGCACUGGCAGUGUAGACCGAUGUGAACCAAACACACACUUUUUAAUGUGUAUCUUAGCUCUCGGUAUACUGUAUUUGGUAGGAGUAAUUACUUGAAUCGGAAGUCGCAUCGAACGGAUAUGUGUAACCACGUUGCUGACAUUUGUGGCGAAUAACGGAAACCAAAUUUAACAAAGCAAAAAGGAAACUUUAUAAUGUUAACUGUUUAAUGAAUUUUUAACAAAAUUGGCCUUUUAUUAGGGUAAUAAAAUUCCUUGUUGAAAAUCAGCCAGAGUUUAGUAAUUUUUUUAAAAUUUUGUUUUGCAUUUAUCGGAGCCGUUUCUUUGUAUAGGUUAAUAUUUCGCUCUGCAAAUCGCAUAAUUCGGUAGUCGACGUAGCUGCUCUAGCAACGAAUUCUAGCGGCGUGUGCGGAAACUACGCUUGAUUCGCUUC